AUGAGUCAAAUGAUUGCUUCUAAUUCGGUGUGUAGGGAGGAGAGACCGUUGCAAACUCUUCGUUCGACUUCCGACUCCAAUUUCGUAAAAAAGACUUACGGAGGUUACUUCAACGUCUUCGUCUCCACUUUCGGGGACGUAUCCGAGCAAUGGGAUCUAUUCCGAGUCAUCGACGGCCAAUUUCCCGAGGAGAAUGAUCUCGACAAGUACGACGGUUUCGUUAUCAGCGGUAGUCCACAUGAUGCUUUCGCAGACGCCGAUUGGAUCGUCAAGCUUUGCUCCGUUUGCCACAAACUCGAUCAAAUGAAGAAGAAAGUUCUCGGCAUCUGUUUCGGUCACCAGAUAAUUACUCGAGUUAAAGGAGGGAAAAUCGGAAGAGCUCGUCAAGGAGCAGAUAUGGGACUUAGAAACAUUAGCAUAGUGAAAGACAAUGAGAAACUAGCUGGUUACUUUGGAGGUGAGGUCCCGGAAACUUUAGCUAUUAUAAAAUGCCAUCAGGACGAAGUGUUGGAACUUCCCAAGUCUGCUACAGUUCUUGCUUCUUCCGAGGUAUGCGAAGUCGAGAUGUUUUCGAUUGGAGAUCAUUUUCUCUGUAUCCAAGGUCAUCCUGAGUAUAACAAAGAGAUUCUGUUUGAGAUUGUGGAUCGUGUUCUCAAUAUGAAGCUUAUGACGCAAGAGUUUGCGGAUAAGGCGAAGAGUACGAUGGAAAUCGCGCAACCAGACAGGAAUCUAUGGCAGACGCUCUGCAAAAACUUUCUGAAAGGUCGACCCGAGCAAGUUUAG